AUGACUGAUACCAACUCGGGGAGACUGGGGUUUGUUUUCUACUACACAUCACCAUCCAUCAAUGAGGAAAGCCGAGGUUCAAAGCUGGAGCCCAUCCAGCCCUUACUGCUGCAGUCCAUCCAGCCCUUGCUGCUGCAGCCCAUUCAGCCCUUACUGCUGCAGCCCAUCCAGCCCUUACUGCUGCAGCCCAUCCAGUCCUUGCUGCAGCCCAUCCAGUCCUUGCUGCAGCCCAUCCAGCCCUUGCUGCUGCAGCCCAUUCAGCCCUUGUUGCUGCAGCCCAUUCAGCCCUUGCUGCUGCAGCCCAUCCAGCCCUUACUGCUGCACAUCCAGCCCUUGCUGCUGCAGCCCAUCCAGUCCUUGCUGCAGCCCAUCCAGCCCUUGCUGCUGCAGCCCAUCCAGCCCUUACUGCUGCACAUCCAGCCCUUGCUGAUGCAGCCCAUUCAGCCCUUGCUGAUGCAGCCCAUCCAGCCCUUGCUGCUGCAGCCCAUCCAGCCCUUGCUGCAGUCCAUCCAGCCCUUGCUGCAACAGCCCAUUCAGCCCUUGCUGCUGCAGCCCAUUCAGCCCUUGUUGCUGCAGCCCAUUCAGCCCUUGCUGCUGCAGCCCAUCCAGCCCUUACUGCUGCACAUCCAGCCCUUGCUGCUGCAGCCCAUCCAGUCCUUGCUGCAGCCCAUCCAGCCCUUGCUGCUGCAGCCCAUCCAGCCCUUACUGCUGCACAUCCAGCCCUUGCUGCUGCAGCCCAUUCAGCCCUUGCUGCUGCAGCCCAUCCAGCCCUUGCUGCUGCAGCCCAUCCAGCCCUUGCUGCUGCAGCCCAUCCAGCCCUUGCUGCUGCAGCCCAUCCAGCCCUUACUGCUGCACAUCCAGACCUUGCUGCAGCACAUCCAGACCUUGCUGCAGCACAUCCAGCCCUCAACCUCUUUCAUUCAGUUUUCACCAGACUUUUUUAACAUUGCCCUUCUAAAAAAAGGAUCCAGAGCCAGGUGA